AUGCCUGCUUUUGCUAACAAGCUUGCGUCCUCAGGUUUCAUUAGGCUGACUGUAGAAAACAAGGCUCUACUGUGUUCAGGAAACAGACACACGUCUCUAAAUGUGGCUUGCUGUGGGUUUCUUCUGAAGCUCUGUGUGUGCCUACUGUCUCAGCCUAAUCCACAGACCCACAGCCAACACCUAGGUGUUGAGGAGGUAGAACACGUGUUGCGUGAGUGUUUGCCGUCUCUGUACUAUCAUGUGUGUGAUUGGCCAGCAGUGUUGGGACAGGCAGGAGGAGCUGAUCAGAACACACAGUACUGCUUACUGCACCUGCUUUAUCUGUCACUGGUCAGUGGGGACAGCCUAAUCUGAAGAGCAUCAGUAAGGUCCUGACAUCCACACCUCCAUCCUCUUCACCUCUGUCUGUUCCUCAUCCCUCUCUUCUGCACUUCAUCUUCCGUUACCCUGAGCUGGCCGAGCAGUUUGGGGCAACAGUUCUGACCGGGUGGCUGAAAAGAGGGAAAGUCUGGGAUCCAGAGCAGUCAGUACUGAUGGGGCUCCUGGAGAAAAACCCUUGUGUUCUAAGGAAAAUGCUGGGUGUAGUGUUUGAGGUGGAGGAGGAGGACGUAGCUGAGUGUGCAGUCAAUGUGAUUAAGGGCUUUCUCAUGGCUCAGCACAAUUAUAGCUGUGUUUCUCAAUCACUGCUCAAACCGUCACUCCUUCAGCUAGUGCAGAAACUCAACUGUGAUAGCAACACUGUAGUACAUUGUGUAUCUCUGAUGUUGGAGGUAAUGUGUAUGCUGCAGACGAACUCUACAGUUCACACUGAUAUGGACCACACUGACUUGAAACUGCUGUAUUACAGUGAGCACAUCAGUAAUCUUAUUGGAAAAGUGAAGUGCAGAGACACAGAAUAUCUGCUACCGGCUUUAAACUACCUUUACUGCUGUCUGGUUCUGUCCCCUACACACACGGCUGACCGAGCUGUAUCCAUGUUGCUCUGUAACACUGGUCUAAUGGAGUUACUACAGACGCUGCUGGAUCACUGUCAUUCCUCCUCAUCUUCAUCACCAGUCACCUGCUGCUCUUUCCUCUUGCUCAGCUCCCUCAUUACUCUACAACACACACACUCUGCUCAGGUCCAUAAGAGUGUGUGUUUAGAGUUAGAGAGUGUUUUGAGGACCCUAAUUUUCUGGAAGAGACAUACUGACAGCCUGCUUCUGGUGUGUACAGUGCGUCUGCUUCAGGCCGUGUUGGACAUGGACCUGUGCUCUCCUGUAGUGUGUGUGUCAGUGUGUAUGGAGCUUCAUCCACUCAGCUACAAAGGAGCCAUAAGUUUCACCACAGCACUACAAAGUCUAUUACUACAGAAACAGAAGCAGGAGAUCCUUCUCAGUGUCUCUGUGAACUGUCUGGACUCACUCAUAUGUUUUCUGAACAGAAGGAGACCAUCUAUAGACUUUCAGCAUGUGGUGUUGCAGCCCUGGAAUCGUUUCUUGCUCUACUCCCUGCUUACCUCAGGAGAACAUGUGACUCUCCACCCAGCGACACUCCGCUUCCUGACUCUGCUGGUUUACUGGUCUGGAGAUGCCUUGCAGUGGGAGUCAGAAAUUGUGUGUGUGUGUAAAACAGCUGAGGAGAGAGGAGUAAAAGAGCUGAAAGACAACACCAUACACACUCUUACACGUCUACUGGUGGAGUGCAGUGAGCGUUCUCUGAGUGAAGAUGUGAAGCUGAGAGUGGAGAGCCUGUUAGAGUCCCUCAACCAUCUGCAGUCUUCAGAAAGUAGCACUGGGUGUUUCUUUCGAGUGGGAGGUUUAUCCAUCUGCCUUGCUGACUUCACUGUGAAUCACUAGCUUUGUAACACACACACACACACACACACACACACACACACACACAGGUUGUGUAUAAAGUAAUGAAAGUGUUUACUGCUUUUAACAGAUUUCAUUCAUGCUUGUUUUUCUUUAUAUAGAUUUCCAUAUUUUUGUGGAUCUGUUCAUAUAACUGUUCUUUACACACCUGAAGGUUUCAGUCUGUAAUGAAUGAGUUACACACAGAUUGGUGGUGGGUCGUCAUUUUUCUGAUGGAAAAAUUCUUCAUUUUUACGAGUUCAGUGAAUUAAUAAAUAAAUAAUAUAAAAAAUGUGUUUAAUUAUUAUAAGAGCUCAUUAAAUUGAGAUGAAGAACAA